AUGGACUUCGACUGGUCCACGCCAUUCCCCGAGGGAGUCAUCUCCUUCCUCGACACCGAUCUCUACAAACUCACCAUGCAAUGCGCCGUCUACAAGUACUUCCCCGAAGUACCUGUCACCUAUGCAUUCACCAACCGCACCCCAGAGAAGAAGCUAUCCCGGAAAGCCUUCUCUUGGCUGUGCGACCAGAUUUACAAGCUGGGCAAUAUCUCUCUAUCCGACGACGAGCUGCGAUACUUGAAGACACACUGCAGGUACCUGACACCCCAGUACCUCGAUUUCCUGAAGGAGUUUCGCCUUUCACCUCGGGAGCAACUGAAGCCAGUCUUCAACCCCAUAGAGGGAGCCACAGAAACCGAGGAUGACCUGGGCGAUAUCCACAUCGAGAUCAACGGGAAAUGGGUGGAUACGAUCCUGUACGAGAUCCCGCUUCUCGCCCUCACGUCCGAAGCCUACUUCAAGUUCAUGGACAGAGACUGGAAUUAUGACGGACAGGAGGAGAAGGCUUAUCAAAAAGGCAUACAGCUGCUGGAGGCAGGGUGCAUAUUCUCCGAGUUUGGAAGCCGGAGACGAAGAGACUAUCAUACCCAAGCUCUGGUCUUCAGAGGCCUGGUGAAGGCCAGCAAGGAUGGCGAGAAGCGCGGCUUGCCGGGCAAACUGUCAGGCACCAGCAAUGUCCACCUGGCCAUGCGAUUCAACCUUCCACCCGUGGGUACGGUCGCUCACGAGUGGUUUAUGGGCAUCGCGGCCAUAACCGAUGACUAUUACAACGCGUCCGAAGAGGCGCUCCGUCGCUGGGUGGGCUGCUUUGGCGAGGGUGUGCUUGGGAUUGCCCUGACAGACACCUUUGGCACCCCGGCCUUUCUGAAAGCGUUCAGCAAACCUGUCAAGCAUCUCCCCGACACACCCAGUGCCACCGAUGCGUCCACUUCCUCCAAGACGUAUGCCGAAGUGUUGGCUGGUGUGCGCCAAGACUCUGGCGAUCCCGCCGGGUUCGUCAAGAUGAUGCGCGACUUUUACGACAGUCAAGGCAUCAAGGACAAAAAGACGAUAGUUUUCUCUGACUCACUGAACAUUGAGAAGUGCAUCGAGUACAAGCAAAUAUCGGAGGAGCAAGGCUUUCAAUCGACAUUUGGUGUUGGCACGUUCCUAACUAAUGAUUUUGUUCAGUUGACCACCGGGAAGAAGUCCGUGCCGCUCAAUAUUGUCAUCAAGCUGAGUUCUGCCAAUGGAAAUCCUGCGAUCAAGAUCAGCGACAAUAUUGGAAAGAACACGGGCCUCGCAGCCAAGGUUGCCGACGUCAAAAGGCAGCUAGGCUACGAAGAGAAGGACUGGGAAGGAGGGGACGAAACGAAGAGAUGGGGGACAAAUGACGAUGUUGCGAAAUCUUGA